AUGCUCUGGGGAGAUUCUGACGUGGGCGUCCCAACUCGUGCAUCUUAUCAAAACUCUUUCAUCUUGGAUCCUGGUGUUAUAAUCGCCGACAAGAAUCUUGGAGUUGAUGAAGCCAUAAAGAAGAAUCUUAUUCAGGGAAAGACAACCCACUUUAGAAAGUGGAGCGAUAUAGUGUGGAUGCAAUGGACUAAGGCAUGCGAAGCGCAUGGCGGUGAUAAUACAAACGUGAGAUACAUUAUUCGCUCCUGGAUCACAAACGACUUCACACUGUCGACUAUAUUCCAAGCCAUAAUCAACAAAGACAAAAACGAUGGGCAAGGAAAAAGAAUCGGAAAAUGGGCCGAUAGGACAACACUUACCGCCAGUGACCACCCUGACGAAUUUUUCGCGAUACUCGGCAGUCCUAACGGGUCAGGAUCGGCUUACUUUCUUAUCAACCACAAGCGGGCAUUGGGGGUCAAGGUCAUUAAUAAGGUCGACAUAUUUGUCCCGAAUAUUCCUCUUGAUGUGACUGGAACUAGCGUGACUGAAUAUGAGAGACAACGAAAGGUCAUGCUAGUGUUUCAUGUUACCGGUGCCUGA